GAUUGUUCUUCAUACGGAUAUUCCAUACCGUCAUACAUAUACCUAUAUUUACGUCUCUGUAGUUACAAUUUAAUUAUUUAACAGAAGUUUCCCAACAAAACUUUGUUGUUCGUACGAUAUUCAAUGUCGUCAGUAGUUUGCGUACCUCGCGUGUUUUAGUCGUCUACGCUUCGUUGGAAUUGCACUAAUAAUUUUCGAAUUGUUGUCCUUAUGGCACUGGUGUAAAAUCGUUCCGUUACCAAUUACUGGCCGAGAGAGGAAAGUCUUACAAUUUGGUAUUCACGACGUUCGCGAACUCUUAGUGUCCUAGUCCUAUACGGCUAUACAUCGACUUUACUGGUGGUAUAAUUGCCCGGAGGCCGGAAUAUUAUUUGGUUUAGUAAAAUGGCAAACAACACUUGGAAAUUGUGGAUUUCUAGAAUCCAACAAGCGGGUACUUGGAACAUGUAUGAUGGUUAUAAACCCAAAAGAAAUAAAAAUCAAGCUCCAGUUAAUUAUAUACAUAAAAGUGUUAUUGGUCGUCCAAACCGUGUAUUACAUUUUAAAAUUGAACAGACUACAGUUAAAAUCACUACACAUGUAUUGUAUUCAAUUUUGAUCAUUUAUGGAGAAAUACUACGAAUUGUUGUAUACAGAAAAUUUCGACAACUCAGGGCAUUUGUUGAAUUUGGCAAGGAAGAAUUUGCAACUAAAGUAAUUGAUGAAUCUAGUUACAUUGUUUUAGAUAAUAUAACAUUAAAGGCUGAUUAUGCUAAGCCUUCCAGUGUAAUCGUAACAAAAAAUAGUGAAUUAACUUGGGAUUACACAAAGUCACCCUUAUUAGAAUAUGUUAAUGGUUUACCUACACUGAAAUCUAUUGCUGCUGUUUUAAAAGAUUCACCUCGAGGAAAAAAUAAUAGAAACUUGACAGAACACGACAAUAAUUGGGAACUGGUCGAAAACUAUGAUUUUAUUAGUCCUGCUGAUAAAUCUAUUGCUCCAGUAACAAGUAGUACGAAACAGGUCAUUAAAACCGCAAAUAGUAAAACUCGUAAAACACUUUUGACCAUUUCAACUUCCAAAGAUUUUUCUAUUCUUUCUGUUCGUGGUCUCGACCCGACUAAAAGCAAUUGUAAUCGACUUUUCAGACUAUUUUCUAUGUACGCCACGGUGGCUAAAAUUAAUUAUUUAUCUGAAUUAAAGUCUGCCGAAAUUCAGAUCAGUAAAUGCAAUGAUAUCAAUGUGUUUGCUCAUAUUCAACAUCAUUAUCUUUCACACGGAUUAAAUUUAUCAUUCCAGUAUUUAAAAGGUGAACGAAUAUUAAAAACUCGCCCUGUCGAUCAAUUCAUUUUGCCCGAUGGAUCACCAUCUUAUGUAGUCUAUGAUCGAAAAAUGACACCACAUGUAUUAUGUUCACCAUCUAGAGUGCUAAAGUUUGAAGGCGCUCCGCCCAGUAUGACUGAAGUGAAACUUAUUACCCUAUUAAAACGAACAAUUAAAGUAGAGAAUUUCAAGGUGAAAGUGAAAACACCUAAAGAUCCUAAAAAGUGUUCGACGAUUAGCGGUGAAAUUUGGUUUUCUACUGCAAGUGAAGCUAUUGAAGUCGUAAUGGAAAUUAAUUAUGCCAUUUUUUGGAAUAAAGAUAGAAACACGAAGGAAUAUGUGUUGAAACUAUCAUUUAUUUCUGAAGUAAUGCCAAUACUCAAAGCUGCUAUGCUCAAAAAUGAAAAUAAUAAUAAAGCGAUUAAAAUAGAAGUUGGUAAAGCGAUCAAAACAGAAGAUGAUAAAAAAAUCAAAACAGAAGAUAAUAAAACAAUCGAAAUAGUAGAUAAUAAAAUAAUUAAAACAGAAACUAUUAAAGCGAUCGAAACAGAAGACAAAUCGAUCAAAACCGAAUGUAAUAUAGUUAUUAAAACAGAAGCUAUUUAAUUGUAAAUUUCGUAUUUGUAUUACAUACGUUGUGAUUUUGCAUAGCAUCUAUUUAAAAAAAAUGUGUAAAACAUGUCUUAAUUAUAACCGUUAUAUAUUAUGGUCGUUAAUCAAUAAUGACAAAAAUAAU